AUGGCGGCGACGAAUACAGACAUGCACAUGCUUCAGGAAAGGACGGCGGCACAUCACAUCCUUCAGCACCAGCCGCCGUCGCCCUUGCACUCUCUCUCCGCGCCGUCGCUCGCGGACAGUAUUCGCAGCCUUCGCGACGACUCGACGCGCUCGCACAACGUGCCGGCCACGGCGGACGAGCAACACCCGCCCCGAGCACGUCGCAAACCCGUCCCAAGCCCGCUGUAUUCGACUGGUAAUAGCGGCCCCCCGUGCCAGCAGCCGGGCUACCGCGACUCACCACGCCUCGACGAACCGCGCAGUCCGCGCGAGAAGCUCGACGCAUUGCUGGCGGAGGAGCAACAGCAUACCUCGCCCAUUCGCCCAACCCAGCCAGCGCACCCGCCUACACCACCCACCGUCCCCACCCCGAGCUUCGCGCAGUCGUCGCGGCCGUCUGCGUAUGCCAGACUCCGCCAGCUGUCGUCUCCCACGCUGUCUUCGGCUGGCAUUUCCCCGCCAGCCUCGCCCGUCACCAUGCCUCCACCAUCACGCCCGAACCGGCCAGACACGAGGCCGACGGUGCCAGUCCGCAACCCCUCGAUAGACUCGGCCGCAUCCUCGCUGUCGUCGACGGCCUCGCAGAACCGCCCGCCCGCCAGCCAUGCGCCCCGGCCGUCGCAGGACACGAGCACCGCCAACCCCCCAGACAUGGCCAGUCUGAUGGCCGCUGCAGGCUCACCCGAGGCCGCCAUGCUGGCCCUGUGGAAGGACAAGCAGAACACCUCCAGCCACAACGCGCAGCUCUGGCGGCUGGUGGAGAAGCAACGGUCCAUGAUCAUCGGGCUCCAGAAAGACCUCGAGCGCGCACUGAAGGACAAGGACCGCUACCGCAGAAAGUUCAAGGAGUACGCUGAGCAGCUGCCACCCGGCCCCGGCUCGCUGCAAAAGUCCGACACGUUCGACUCGGUCGUGGAACGCGAGACCAGCCAGUCGCCAGCCCUCGGUGAGCAACCUGGUGACGCCGCUCGGCCCAGCGACACCAAAGCCACCGAGCACAAGACAUCGCCCCUGACGCAAGAGCACCCCGCACCGCAUCUCAUCCCAGACUCACAGCUAGCGACGUCGCCGUCUCAUUCCACGGCAUCCAACAUCUCGUCAGCCGUAAACUCACCUACAGACUACUCCGUGCAACCCCUUAGCCUUGGUAGCAGGGGCCUCGGCCUCGACUCUACCUUGCUGCAGCCCGGCGAUGCUGCUCAACCCCCAGCGCAAGCCCCGAAGCCAGCCACUCCUCCCCAGAACACCUCAGACGUGACGCUCGUCCCGGGUAGCUCACAGCUCCAGCCUCCGCAGAUAUCGCUGAUCCAAGCUACGCCUGUCGUCGGCGGCGAUGGCUUUGAAUCACCCCCAAGAAAGACUCCGCAGCCUCUGCGAAAGGCACCGCCAGCUCCACUCAACCUGUCGAAACCCACAACGACCAGCGCACAUCUCCACCGGGCCGUGCAUGGCGACGAUGUCGACUCUGAUUACGACGAUAUACUGGAGGUGGAUGAGAUACCUGUCGUGGAGCUGCGAGGAAGGAGAAAGACUCGAGAGGAAGAUGACAGGGUCCGUGAGGCCAUGUAUUCGAAAGAUGAGGAAGCUCGAAGCAAGUCGAAGAAGAAGAAAAGCGAAAGCAAGAGCAAACAAGCGACGCCUUCUGAAACACCAGCAGGCGAUCAGCCUCAGGCGGUCCCGGUUCCCCUUUCGCCGCGUCAGUUCAAUGCGCUGCAAUCGGGCCUUCCACUCUCUCCCCGUCACCCGCCAGCCAACUCUCUGAAUGCUCUUCUUAGUCCUGCAAACUCCGAUAGUUCUAUGAUGGCUAACCGGAGCGUCGCAUCCCCACUCAUGAGUCCAGGUCUACCUUCCAGCCCCCGACCCACGGACAGGCCACUCGGAUCGCCGUUACCCAGAAAUCCUAAGCAGUCCAUCGCAUCACCACCCAUGUCGCCGACUACCACGCACCAGUCGGCUGCUCGGGCAAUGCAGCAACAAGUUCCAUUCCCACCAAACACACCUCAGUCGUAUCAGUCACCCCCAGUCAACCAAAAUCAGCAGCCUAACCAGCUACGCAAAGAGGCGUCGACGGGCCUUUUGACUGUACCAGGUGCACAGCCCAGUCCAGAAUCACCAUCGAGCAGCCCUACCCUCAACGAUGUUCCGGAUGCAGAACACGUCUACCGCGGACUCGUGUCAGACCAGUACCCUGGACUCUUGCUGCCCCCGAAUGCACUGCCCUCCAUUCAAGUAAAGGUCUUCUCGUCUCGCCUUCGGCCAUCACGUAUGAGCAUGCUCGCCCCCAAGCCGCAGGAGGAGGACCCUGUCUUUAUUCUUGCCGUCUAUGCCCGCUCUGAUAACAAACAGCUGUGGCGUGUGGAAAAGACCAUUGCUACGCUGCCUUCUCUAGACUCUCAGCUGAGGUCUAUGUGCGACUUUCAGGGACGACUUCCAGACCGUGCUCUCUUCGGAGGACAUGCGCCUGCCAAGAUUGACGCUCGCCGGGUCGCCCUCAACCAAUACUUUGAUACUGUCCUGGAAACUCCCAUGAACGAGAAGACGGCAUUGAUUGUCUGUGAAUACCUGUCUACUGAUGUAAUAGGCGCCCAGGCUGGCGAUAGACUGACCCCCGAGCCCACACCAGGUCCGAUAGUGUCUGUUCAGAAAACGCAGCGCAAGGAAGGUUACCUCACCAAGCGUGGCAAGAAUUUCGGAGGCUGGAAAGCGCGUUUCUUUGUUCUGGAUGGCUCAGAGUUCAGGUACUUUGAGGGCGAGGGCGGUGCGCACUUGGGAACGAUCAAGCUGCAAAAUGCACAGAUUGGGAAGCAGUCACAACAGCAGUCAAACCAAUCGCCACAACGACGGGACGAUUCUGAAGAUAACCAAUAUCGACACGCCUUCCUCAUCUUGGAGCCAAAGCGAAAAGAUUCGACGAGCUUGGUGCGCCAUGUGCUGUGUGCGGAGAACGAUGAAGAGCGAGAUGCUUGGGUCGAGGCUCUUCUGCAACAUGUCGACAUACCAGACGAGACUUCGCCAGUCGAGAUUCGCGUCCCCUCUGCUACGCGUCUUCAAAAGCAGCAGGCCAGCCAAGAUUCGGCACGCUCUCAGCGGAGAGAGAGCCCUGAUAUGGGAGAGCAGGAUCGCUUGCAAGGCCUCAGCUAUGACGACACGGUGCAAGCGCAAGCUCCCGUCCGCGGACCCAAUCACCGUGAUAUGAUGGCAGAAAAGCCGUCACGGGGGUCGCCUAAGGAUUCGUCCUUCCUUCAAGAUAAUUCAGGUCACUAUCCCGCCAUCUCAGGACCAAGCAACGGAACCCCCAUCAAGGACUCUGAGAGCUGGGGCAGCAAACCAGCGGCAGGACCCACGACCGUCAAAGACAAGAAACGUAGCAUAUUCGGCUUUAGAGGUCGUGGCGGCUCUUCUGACCUCGCACCAGUCCAGGUCAGCACUCCGCUGCAGCCGGCUGUAGAACAUCGCCUGCCUCCAGGCCGCAGUGUAUUUGGUAUUCCACUUAUGGAAGCUGUGGAGUUUACGCAGCCUGACGGUGUCAGCGUGGCGCUGCCAGCUGUCGUCUACAGGUGCUUGGAGUAUCUGCGAGCAAAGAAGGCAAUCAGCGAAGAGGGCAUCUUCCGGCUCAGCGGGUCAAAUAUUGUUAUCAAGGGCCUGCGCGAUCGGUUCAACAACGAAGGUGACAUCAGGUUGCUAGACGGGCAGUACUAUGACGUUCACGCCGUCGCAUCGCUUCUCAAGCUGUACCUGCGAGAACUGCCGGCCUCUGUUCUAACUCGGGAACUGCAUCUUGACUUUCUCAAGGUUCUCGAUAUGGACGAGCGUAGCAAAAAGAUCCAGAGCUUUAACGUUCUGGUACACAAGCUACCUAGGCCUAACCUUGAGCUCUUGCGACACAUGGCGUCUUUCCUGAUUGAGAUUGUCGACAAUUCCGGGGUGAACAAGAUGACCGUGAGGAAUGUUGGCAUCGUAUUUGCUCCGACUCUGAACAUUCCGGCCCCGUUGAUAUCCUUUUUCCUGACUGACUACACGGAUAUCUUCGGUACUGCUCUCGAUGAAGCAAGCUCCCCGAUCCACGAGAUCCGGAACAACACUUCUCACCUGGGGGACGACGCGAUUCGGUCUCCUCGGAGGCAGAUGUUCUCAGACCUCCCAACGCCUGCAUACAACGAGACGACAUUCCAGCAGCGUAUGGACCGACCGCCUCAAGGCUAUCAAGGGAAUAGCGCUCCCAACUAUCCGCCCCCACAGCCCCCACAGCAGUAUCAACAGCAGCAGCAGCAGUACGGCCAACAGCAGCAAGGCCAAUACAACGGCUAUGAUUCGGGAUUCAUUCCCAUGCGACCCAGCUACGAUGCGCCAGCCUACGACCAGCCAUAUCACUCUGGAGAGGGAUACGGCAGCUUGAACGGCGCUGUUCAGUCUAGCGGAGCUCGCGAACAGCGGCAACGAAAACGAGAGAGCGGCAUGCUUUUGAUGAACAUGGGCAUGGGCGGCCAACGCAAGGGCUCGGGUGGAUCCAACCCUCCACGCGGAGAUGGACGGAUGGAUGGACGAAUGUAUUCACAAAACACCAACAACCCUCUAAUGGUACGAGAAGAGACGGCGUUCGACACAGGACUAGUGGAACCAGACACAGAGCACUUGGCCAUGGACGACGGAGCGGCUGCCACGGCGCCUCUGCCUGCGCGCCCCGACGAGCCCGACACGAGAAACAGCCUGCGACACAUUCUGGCCGCCGACCCCCCGAUGGACGACUCCAAGCCCUCGCCCUCGCAAGCCAACACGCCUGUCCCCGAUGGGAGCGACGCUGGCGGCGAUGCGCCCGACGCCGCCCGCCCCGUCAACGACACGGACCCGGCGAGGCCGUACUACACGGCGACGACGACGACGACGCGCCGCAAUGCCAACGGCAGCGUGUCGUCCGUCUACAGCGGCAACAAGAUCAAGCACCUGAAGAAGGACGACGGCAUCCCGCUGUGGCGCAAGGACAUCCAGUUCGACUUCCUCAAGCUCGUCUUCGAGGACGACCGGCCCGUCUUCACCAAGCAGUCGGACAGCACCAGCGGCCACACCUUCGCCGACAUCUACCUCGACGCCAUGGCCAAGAGCAGCAAGUGCAGCAAGAUCCUCAAGGACAAGCUGCUGACGGAGCGCCCGGCUGCCAUCAACAUGGCCAUGGUGUGUCUGCUCGUCAACGUCGGCCGCAUGAACACGACGCUCAACUUCUUCCCCGAGAUGCGCGCCCAGCUGCGCACCUACCACUCCAUCCCCUCCCUCCAGGCCCACCAAGACCCGAAUGCCUACAAGCAGCUGCAGGACGCGCCCCGCUUGAAGUCCAUCCUCAAGGGUGCCACCGAGGACCAGGAGCAGCCCAGCACCAUCGAGGAGAUCAUGGCAGCCUCCGUCCCGCGUACCAACCCCGUCAACCUCAUCUUCGUCCUGUCGCAAUACGCCCCCAAGAUCUCAGAGCUGCACUUCUUCCCGCCGCGCGACUUCUUCGACCUCGUCAUGCGCUCCAACCUGAGCAGCAAGAGCAGAGCCACGGCCUUCCUCUGGCUCAUGUGGUGGUAUCUCGAGAGCGACUUCACCAAGGAGGCUGCCGAGAGCAACCCUUUUGGUCCCGGCCAGAUGGGUCCGGCCGACGAUCCGACUACGGCUGAGUUCCCUAUCAAGUGCCCGCCUUUUGACAUACUCUCGCCAGAGCAGGAGGCGCUGGAGAACGUCGACUCCAUCGAAGAGAAGACAUUCGGUGAGAUUAAGCGCAAGGAGAGGACAGCUAUAUUGGCAAGCGACAUGGCGCCCGUCGUGACAGGCCCCAAGCGUACCAACAAGAAGGGCUUCAACCAAAACCCAGUCUUCUCCAUCGCCGCCGAUGAUGGUGCUUGGACACCUGGACGCGACAGGCAAUCGCCUUCCCAUGGCUCCGCACGAGGACGAGGCAAGCUUGCAAAAUCCAUCAUCGAACGAGACUACCCCUCAGACACUGACCGUACUCGGUCUGCGUCUCCGCCGAACAGCGUCUAUAACACAGCCAAGAAGGUGGCUACACCCAACAUGCGCAUCAAUACCCUCCUCAACGAAGACGGACCGGCUUCGUCUCCUGCGCCCAAGGGCCCCGGCCGCGGGAACUGGUCGCGCAAUCGCACAUCAGGCAUAGGCGCCGGAGGAACACCAGCCGCACGUUCUUUCAAGACCAAACUCGACGCUCCACACUCGCAAGAUGGCCAGUCCCCCUCCACAUCCGCACCCACCUUCAACGGACCACACGGCUUCUACCUCCCGCUCAACGGUUCUGACCCCUCGCACAAACGAACACGUCCCCUUACACAACACCAACUAGCUGUCGAGCAAUACAGGAGGCGACGCGUCGACGUCAUUCUUGACCGAGGUAUUCGCAUCGAGUACGCCGCCGCAGCCAAGCGCCGCCGCAAAGCCAACCCCUUUAUGCGCAGCUGGAUCCGCUGCAAAGGCAUGGCCGACGGCUACGACACAGACGAAGAAUCGCACGCACAAUUUGCCCAACUUCCCGAAUACGAACUCGGCACCAAAACACCCCCGCCCAUGCCCUCCGGCCUCGUACCUCUCGACUUUGGCGGCGAAGUCAACGACCAUGGCGAGGAGUCGUACUAUCGCGCUAAGAUGCUAAGCAGAGCCCUGCGUCGCUUGGAUCGCUGGGAAGGCGGCAGAAGUGCGCUCAGAGCCCGACCCAAGGGCGAGAGGGGUAGCGGAUUGCCAGACGUCCAUGACAGACCUGUUUUGGGUAGUGAAGAUGAAGAUGACGAGGAUGAUGGUGAUGACAUGAUGGAUGUGGAUGAGAUGGAGAGGAGGGAGGCGUUGGAGGAUGCUAGUGAGGAAGACAGCGAUGAUGAUGUUGACAUGGAGGGCGAGAGGAGAUGGGAUCCUACUUCACUUCCGCCAUUGCCCAGGAUGGCUUAA